AUGUAUCGUCUUAUUGAAUUUAUUCGUACAUUAAUAAAUAAUAAAACAACAGUUAAUACAUUUCGUGAAACAUCACCUCUAUGGUGUGCUAUUAAUGAAUAUGCCAAAGAAAUCCUUGAUCAUCCAUAUAAAGCUGUUCGAGAAUAUAUUGCUAAUGUUUUAUCAGUAUCACUUAGUUUCGACAUUAAACUAUCCAAUGGUCAAUCAACACGUCAUCCCGAUGCAAAUAUUUUUAUUGAUGCUAUUCGUGAACGAUUACAUCAAGCGAUAGAAAUU